AUGUCAGUGGACCAUAAUGAAAAAUAUAUUUUUGAAGCUGAAUGGUAUGACAAAAUAGCCACUAUUUUAAAGAAGUUUUAUCUUUACUAUUAUCCGUCCGAUAAUACAGUUGAACUGUUUGAUAUAAAAAGCAGGAAAACAUUUUUAAGAAGGACAAAAUGCGAAGGUAUUCAGGCAAAAGAUUUUUAUGUAGGUGCUACUGUAACAAUAUUUUCACGAAGCAUAAGAAUAACAGAUUAUGCGGAUUGUGUUACACGGACAAAAUUACAAACAAAAAUGCAAAAGACACUUGCAAUGUUGAAACCUAGUGUUGUUGAUAAAUUAGGAGAAAUAUUAAAACGAAUAAUUGCCAAUAAUUUUCACAUUGCAAAUAUCAAAAUGGUUAAACUGUCUCUGGAAGGAGCAACAGAAUUUUAUAAAGAUAAGGAUGAAACCAAUAAGACGUAUAUGGUAAAUUAUCUCACUUCGGGUCCUAUUGUAGCUUUAGAAUUAUUAGGUGAUCAUGCAAUUACUCGUUGGAAUGAAGUAAUAGGACCAGAAGAUAGAGAAGAAGCUGUAUUAAAAUCUCCAUCUUCACUUAGAGCACUUUAUGCUAAAGAUAAUAUUCACAAUGCAGUACAUGGCUCUGAAAAUGAAGAAGCAGCAGAAAAAGAAUUACAAUUUUUCUUUCCUUCUCAAAAGUCUGGCAAAAAGGGACCACCAAAUACAGCAACAUUGGAAAAUUGUACUUGCUCUAUUAUUAAACCACAUGCAGUUCAAGCUAAAUUGAUUGGCGAUAUUAUUGAUGAUAUACAAAAUGCUGGUUACUCUGUUACUGCUGUGCAACAAUUUUAUGUUAAUGCAUUUGAUGCAGAAGAAUUUUUAGAAGUUUAUAAAGGGGUUCUCCCUGAUUAUGCAGCAAUGGUAGGAGAACUACAAUCAGGACCAUGCAUUGUUAUGGAAAUAAAACAUAAAGAUGAAAAAUAUAAUGUUCAAGGAGAAUUUAGAAAGUUAUGUGGACCUAUGGAUCCAGACAUUGCACGGCAAGUAAGACGAGAUACUCUUCGAGCGAAAUAUGGGAAAACCAAAGUACAAAAUGCUAUACAUUGUUCUGAUUUACCAGAAGAUGGAUCUUUAGAGGUGGAAUAUUUUUUUAAAAUCCUUGACAGCAGUUAAUACUGAGAGCCAACAUUGCACAAAAUAUUGACUA